AUAUAGGGAAUGCAGGGUCCGGGGAGACCAGAUAUAGGAAUGCAGGGUCCGGGGAGACCAGAUAUAGUGAAUGCAGGGUCCGGGGAGACCAGAUAUAGUGAAUGCAGGGUCCGGGAGACCAGAUAUAGUGAAUGCAGGGUCCUGGGAGACCAUAUAUAGUGAAUGCAGGGUCCGGGGAAACCAUAUAUAGUGAAUGCAGGGUCCGGGGAGACCAGAUAAAGUGAAUGCAGGGUUCCUGGAGCCGCACCAAACCUGUAUGCAAUGUAUGCAGCCACUUGGCUGUGCCAUUACCUUGAAU